GUGAAUGCAAACCCAGCCCAAGACCUGGUGAACCAGAUUCCACCCGUUGAGGUCAUGGGCCGAAUAGUGUCCUGUGACGGUGGGGGCGGCGCACUAGGACAUCCAAAGAUCUUCAUCAAUCUCGACAAUCCCGAGCCACAGCGCUGCACUUACUGCGGUAUCCGAUAUGUGCAGAAACCCCACCACUGA